AUGGCGUGGCCCCAGGCUAUACAGUUGGCCGUCCUCGGACUGCUACACUCUGUACACGCUCGCCCUGCUGGUUUUGCACCAGGCCUCUUCCCGUAUAUUUUCGAGGGGCAAUGCUACAACAUCUCGGCCGGUGAUGAGGCCAGCUCGCCUACAACUAUUGGCUUUUACACCUCUGGCACCCGUAUCAAGAUCAACGACGCCGAGUAUGACACACCGCGUGUGCUUGGAGACUACUCGUGCAAAUUCUCGGAGCUCUCGGUGGAUGGCUACGCGACACACAUCGAGCGCAGCAUCGCGCUUUACAUUACGACAGAGGCCGGUGAAGGGGUCCGGCCCAGCCUGCCUCUGCGAAAAGCACAGCCGCUGGUUCUGCAAGCAGGAACGGGUGGUGAUGCUACAUUUGGGUGCGCCGGGGGGCAAGAGGCAUUCCGUGGCAGCUCGGCAGACGCCUGGGGCCAGGUGAGAAACAAAUGGCUCUAUGUAAUCGACGGAGAGCUCUUGAAUACGGAAAAGGACAAAUGCUGCCGCAAGGGGUCAAAUCCUUUUACGAAUGCUGGUAGUGGUAGGGGCUACAAGUCUGGACCGGUUUGUGACCCUCAACAUUAG